UUUUGUCCGAAGGGAUGCUUUAAAUAAACUUUGUUUUUUAUUUUAUUGGUAAAACUCUCUAAAAGCAAAAUUCAUCUAACUUCGUCGUAAAGUAUUUGACCUCUGAUAUUCAACUAACAGAGCCAUUACCACGCGUCCACUUGCUUCUUAAAGACGAUAUUGUUCGCGAAACUUAUCAUUUAUUUGGCUUGUGUUUAGUUAUAUAAAAUUAAUAGAACAUUUCUUUGGGCUUGGGUUUGGUAUUCUGUCUUAGAUUGCAUAAAAUCUAGCAAUUUACCAUUUUUGUCGUGGCAAUGAGUUCCACACCUGGAUUGUCUCCAUCUAAUCAAAAUGAUACAAAGAAAGAUGGUGUCUUGGGUCUUCCUACCAAUGUAAUUCUUCCUCCGCCAGAAAUUCGAGAAAUCAUUGACAAAUCCGCUGGCUAUGUUGCUAGAAAUGGCCCGGCGUUUGAAGAAAAGAUCAGACAAAAUGAGCAGAGGAAUCCAAAAUUUGCUUUUCUACAAGUGGACGAUCCUUAUUACAAGUACUAUCAGCACAAGCUGGAGGAAGCCAGACAAGGAAAACUAAAAGCUACUUCUGGACCCGGACAGGGAGCUGCUAACUUGGCUCGUCCUAUCACAAAAUCCAUUCAAACUGCCCCUCCCGCUCCUCCUCCGUAUUUGUUUUCAGAACCCUUGCCUUCUAUAUCAGCACAGGAUUUAAACGUUCUUCGACUCACAGCUCGCUACGCAGCAAUUCGAGGGCCCUCAUUCAUUGCUAAACUUUCACAAAAAGAAUGGGGAAAUACUCAGUUUGAUUUCUUGCACCAAAAUCAUGCACUUUAUUCUUACUUUAUGCGCAUAGUACAACAAUAUUCCUCUUUGGUAAAGAAUACCCUUCCACCUUUUGAACCUUUGCUUCGUCAAAACAUCCAGGAUCCCUACAGCGUUCUUACGCGAAUUCAGCCUAGGGUAGAGUGGCAGAAGUAUCAAGAGACCCAAAGGGAAAAACGCAAAGAAGAAUUAGAGAGGGAAAAGAUUGAAUAUGCCCAGAUUGACUGGAACGAUUUCGCGGUAGUAGAAGUCAUUCAAUUCACUGAGGCAGAUGAAACAGCCAAACUUUCCAAACCUACAAAUCUGGCUGAUUUGCAAACCGCUACAUUAGAACAAAAGUCUGCAAUGUUCACUAUGCCUGAUAUGAAUUACACAAUUGAAGAAGCUCCCCCUACUUCAGCUCCAUGGGAACCUUUGAAUGCACCUGCCAAAGCAGAGUUUGGCGUUGCAAUGCCUUCGUCUGUACCUUCACAAAGGACGUCUGCAGAAACCUCUCCCUCACCUGCAGUGCAACCUUCACCUAUGGGUGCACCUGCAUCUACUCCAGCGCCCAUCCGUGCUUCAAAACCCGCCAAAUCUGUACCCAAGGCAUUCCAGCGCCAUGUACCUUUGGAGCGCAGUCCGUUUACGGGUGAGAUGAUUCCAGCAAAUGAAAUGGGAGAACAUAUGCGCGUUCACUUGUUAGACCCCCGCUGGCGUGAACAGCGGAAAAUUGAAGAGUCACGAAGAUCUACACUUAAUUUGGAAAACGUUGACGUUGCAGCAAAUAUGAAACGAUUAGUCAGUAACCGAACUGAUAUUUUUGACGUACACAACGGCAUCGAGAUCACUCCCGAAGAAGUUGAACGAAGGAAGCGUGCAGCUACACAAAGUUCCUUUGGUGCUACUCUCCCUCCAAAUAAACGUCGCUGAGUCUUCUAAAAAUUAAUUACAAAAUGUAUUUAUAGUUUAUGACGGCUGAGCUAUUACUUGUAUAAUACUACCGACUCCUUUUUAUCAAUCUCACUUUGUAUCCUGCUCAUAGUAUACAUUCUGCUUAGACUAUUUUGGUUUACCAUGAAAGAUUAUUUGGUUAUAACAGAACAUGUUGUAUCCAUGAAUAGCGAACUUUUGAUAGAAGUAGCAAAGACCGGCUUUCAAUGUUUUCAUAAAACAAAGAUAUUUUAAGAUAAUUCAUUUUAAUUCUCUUCUUUCGAGCUUCCAAUCCUUUUUGUCUGUAAAUUUCUGACUAGCAAAUAUGAAUGAGUUCACUAAUUAUCAUAUGUGAAAUUAUGUAUACCCGUG